AUGGGAAAUUGUAAAAGUUAAUGUGAUUAAAUGAGUCUAAGUUCAUCCAAUAAUGUUGAUUGCACAAGAUUAAUAAUUAUAGUAAAAACUUGGUAGAAGGACGUCUAUUAAUUGUUCGAUUACGAAAAUGCAGCCAAUAUAGAUGAGUAAAAAUUUGCAAUAAGCAACGAAGGCUAUUUAGUUGGUAGAAAUAAUUUAGAAUGGGUAGAGACCAAAUAACUAGUUGUGAAUCAACUUUGUAAAAUAAAGAAAAGAAAUGAAAAUUAUUUUCUAAUAAUUCCAAAUCUUAAAAAAAAUUACAAGAAUUAAGCAAUCUAAAAAUAUGAAGAGACCAAUACGAUUAUAAACAAAACUGGAUUUGAGAAAAUUGGGAAGAGGGUUUGGAAUGUGAUUCAUGAAGGUGGGAUGCUGUUGUAGGAAGGGGAUGUUAUUAAAUUGGGAAGAGUGAAAUUUUCUAUUCGCUUGAUUGCAUUAGAGGUUAAGGCUUAAGAAUAAAGAUGUGAUUAUGAAUCAUCGGAAUCAAUUUCACCCGAUUAAAUUACUUGCAGAAUUUGUUGCUCCUCUUAAAAUAGUUCCAACAACCCUCUUUUGAAUCCCUGCAUGUGCAGUGGAUCAAUUAAGUAUGUACAUUUGGAAUGCUUAAAAAUAUGGUUGAGGAUGAAGUUAGAAAGUCGACAAAGUGAUAAUUGCUUAGUUUAUUUAUGGAAGAACUUGGAGUGUGAGUUAUGCAAAUAUAAUUAUCCUUCAAAGUUUAAGAGUGAUGAUACAUAUUACGAUUUAGUAGAAUUAUGUAAACCCAAUGAUUACCCUUAUUUGAUGAUGGAAUUUAAGAAAAAAUAAUUAGAUUGCCACAAAAAUUCUGGAGUUUAUAUUUUGAAGUUUUAAAAUGUAUCAGAAUUAAGAGUUGGUAGGUCAAAUGAUGCUGACAUAAUAAUAAAUGAUAUAUCGGUCAGUCGAAAUCAUGCUAAAUUAGUUAUUAUUGAUAAAAAAGUGUAUCUUUUUGAUAAUCACUCAAAAUUUGGAACCUUGAAUUUAAUAAGAUCUGAAAGGAUGUAAAUAUAGAGAGGAAUGGAAGUUUAGAUCGGAAGAAGUCUAAUUUCAUUUUCAUGA